UAGUAACCGGGCUUUUCUCUUCUUUUCGCUCUUAGUUUCUUUUUCCCUCCACUUUUGAUACUUUAAAUCGUGUGCUGCUGGCCCUUGCACUCGUCGUGAGAGCCAACAGCCAAAAGAGAAAAGUCUUAACACCAACUCGUCCUCACCAGUCAUUGCAAGCUUCGCUCUCGCUCAACCGCCACAACUUUCGACUCGGCUCAGCUUCCCGCCCUCCUUAUUCCCGUCAUUGCCAUGGAAACGAGCCACUGUCAACCCACGUUGCUUACACUUCACGAUGCGGUUACCGAUUCGCCCGUAUACCGAGCUAAUGUCCUUCACUUCGACGAACAGUUAGAUCUAUUGGAGAAAUGGCUCGACCAACUAUCCAGGCACCUGAAACAGUAUACAGACAAACUUGCCAAAUUCAAUAUGGAGACGAACAAUGUGUGUAAGAAGGCAAUACCUGUAGGCAUUGAUAGCGUUUUGAUCGAUCCCAACUUUACAGGUGCUGUCAUUCGCAGCUUCUCAGAUGCACUGCAGACAAGCUUGGCGUUCAAAACCAAAUUGGUGUCUGAUCUCGAAGACAACUUUAUCCAGCCAUUGACACAAUUUGUAAAGACUAACUUGAAAGAGUUCAGAGAAUUCCGAAAACAGCAUGAGAAAGCAUUAGAACGGUACGAGGCGCAGCUGUACAAGUACACAUCCCAGAGCAAGACAAAAGAACCGUCAGCUGUUCGGGAAGAGGCAUUUAGAUUACACGAAGCACGCAAGGCAUACACUCGCAUGUCUGGCCAACACGUUGUGCGAAUGCUUCAGUUUCGAUCCAUGCUGGAACAUUGUCUGGUCGAAAGCUUUUCCUCUGCCAUGAUGGCUCAUUUUCAGGAUGUGGAUGCAGAGAAGCAAGUCUGGUCGAAACUAGAUGCAGGAUUGAAUGCAUGGAAACAGUGGUUGAUUGAUGACCGCAAAACAUGCGACUAUCAGUUGCACAGACUGCAAGUGGCUCGGAAGCAACUCCAGUCUGAACAUGUUCAGCAAACCCAGCCACUCCGCGAUUUGGAUCGCUACGGCUCUGUAACAUUACCAUCGAGCAUCGGCACAGCCAUGGCAAGCCGACACUCUCUAGACUUUUCGAACAUCGUGCCAAAUGACGAGGCGACGGCAACAAGUGCUCACAAGUGGGGCUACUUAUUUACCCGCGUAUCUCGAAUGUCGUGGGCACGGAAAUGGUUCUUCUUGUACGACGGUUACUUUGGCACUUGCCAAGUCAACACCAACCCGAAAAUGAAGGGCGCCAUUACGGUGGGUGAACGUGUUUCAGUUCUCUUGUGCGACAUCAAGCCCAUGGCCGAUCAAGACCGACGAUUUUGCUUUGAAGUUGUUUGUGUGCAGCAGGGCCCGUUCAUUUUGCAGGCUGAAACAGAGCAAGAAAUGCGCGAUUGGAUUGCUUCGUUUGCAAAAGCGAAAAGAUUCAUGUUGGAAAAUGAGCAGCUGCAUCUACACACAAAUCCUCCUGCCAAUGCUUCUUCAACCACCACCAUCACCACUACUGCUGUUGCUACCACGAGCGAUCACGAGGGCCACUCGAGCAGCGAGUCAGACUCACCACGUCGAUCACGCAACUCCAUGCCUGUGCUACGAAACGCAACAGAUUCAGCCUUGUCACUUCCUGCCACUGCACCAUCAUCUCGUACUACUACUGCUACACCCUCUGCUGUCAUGCUCUCAACUUCCGCCGAUAAUCAAGAUCAAGUUUCCCUCACCACGUCCACCACAUUAACCCCUCUGCUCGUCCAUGAGGCUGUCAAGGCACAGCAACCACCUUCAAAUGCCUCAUCAUCUCCUCCGACUUCUCCGGCUACUCCAUCGCAAUCGUUUGCAGCUGCCAUGACAUCAUCCGUGUCGCAGCAACAAGCACAGCAACACCAGCAACAACAACAACAGCAGCAGCAGCAGUCUAAUGGUGGUGCUGGUACAUGGGGUAUUCCAUGGGGUCUUGUUCCUAAUAUGUUCUCUGGAUCGUCUGGAGCUGCGGAUGAUGAAAUGCCAACGACACCCAUGUCGCCCACAGCUGCGUCAAGUCUCUUGAACUCUGGCGUAGAUAGCGAUGGCCACCCCAUCAUCUGGCCCUUGCGACCUGCCGACGACGCCACCACCACCAAGGUAGCUUUGACAGGCUACAGUCCAGAACUGGAAUCACGCAACCGCGAGCUUCGUGUCUUGUUUGGCGGUGUCUCUUCAAAAGAGGUUGUUUUGGAUGCAUUUAUUGGUGCACUUAAAAAGAAACCGGUGGAUGAGGAACAGGGUGACAGCAGUAAUGACGACGUAGCAUCACCAGUGACGCCAACUGGCUUUGUGGAUCCGUUAGAACAAGAGCUGAGUGCACAAUUGUCGGGUAGCGUUCAGCGUCCACAGUCUGCAUUUGGUUAUUCAUACACCGGCCGUGCAUUUAUUACACAAGAGACAUUCUGGUAUUACAGCUGCGUAUUGAUGUCAUGCGUCAACACUGUGGCUAUACCGCUCAAGGGUAUUAAAACAGUACGCUUGAUCCGCGACAAUAGUGUCGCCGAUGGCGUGGCAAAGAAUGGCAAGGCAAACAACCUAGCAUUGGCCAUUGAUCUGGCAGAAGGUGACGAACCUUUGGUCCUCAUGACGUUGUUGGAUGAUGUUGAAGUCGUCGCAGAGCGACUUCGUUUCGCUGUUGAAAAUGCCAAGAGCUCAGAGCCGAUGCUACUGCAAACGUUGUACGAUGUUCUUCACAGCAUGUCCGCAUCUCUGAAUAAGAGUCAAACAACGCAAGUAAUCCAGCAAAAGAAAGCCGAACCCACUGUUAGCCAAUCCAUGCCCGACAUGACAACAGCUGAAAUAUACCAACCCGAGCCUCCAAUCGCAUCACCCGUACCUGAAUCCAAGAGGAAGCGCAAGGCACGCAAGAGCUCAGGUGCCAACAAACCCGUUCCGAAAUCAGGCGCGCUGGCCGCAGCCAUGAUGGCCGCCACGGUAGCUGGUGGUAGCGGAUUCUUUGAUGCGAGCAAGAUGGUCAAUAUCGAGGAUGCUGCUCAGAAACGAAGUAGCAUCGGCAACAGAAAAAUGACAGCUGAGUCGAGUGAAUCAUUAUCGAGCAAUGCUGCAGCUCAUCAGUCAACAUCGACUAUUGUUGCUACUCCGCCUGCAAUUGAUCAAAUAAGACAAGAAAAGGGAUCCGGUGAUGAUUCAUCAUCGUCAGCACAAGCGAAAACAACAGAAGAAGAAAUCCCAUCCCAUAUCCAAGUACCCACAGAACCAUGUGUCUGUGAUUGUGGUGAUCAUCUUGACAAAGUGGAAUCGGAGAUCCAGUUACCAAUUUCUGCCAAGCGAUUGUACGAUCUGCUUUUUGAUUCUCAAGAUAUUUCAAUUUGGGAAGCCAAAAACAAUGCGGGUGGAGGAACGAAUCUGCGUGUUGGUGUUUGGGAUACUGUUGAUGGCAAGUCGCAGCGGGUAAUGAAGUAUAUUCUACCUGUCAGUAACCCCAUGGUGAAAGUCAAGGAAGCAGAAGUCGUAGAAACACAAGUUAUACUGAAAAAAGAAGACUACAUUCGCUAUGUCGUACAAAUCUCGACCAAGACUGCACAACUGCCCUAUGCAGAUGCAUUUAUACCCUCUGUAAAAUACUGUAUUAGCUGGGUCAGCAAAACACAGUGUAAAUUGACAUGUAGCAUGGGUGUCAAGUUUGUCAAGAGUGUGCUAGUCAAAGGCAUGAUCAGCAAAGCGGCACUCAAGGGAAUGGGUGAAAGUAUCGUAUCAUUUGUUCCAAUCUUGGAAGAGAAAGUAGCCGAGUUGAACGGAAGCAAGUCUGUCGAUCAAUCGUUGUUACGAAACGCAACUCUAUCAAGGCAAUCCCGAGUAUCCUCGAAAGCAUCGCCCCGCAAAUCUACAACAGACACAACUGUAUCAACCACUUCAUCCUCAAUCUCCGCCGCAUCAUCUUCUUCGUCCUCCUUUGAUUAUAUGGGCUGGAUCGACACUGUAUCAGAAACCGUAUCAUCCAUACCAUUCACUAUACGUGCAAGUCUAAUGGGUCUACUUGUAUUAUGGAUAAUGUGGUCUUGGUUAUUCCGUUCAUCAUCAUCCACAAAGCAUGAAGACCCAUUCCCAGCAUUAUUACCGCCUCCUCCAGGUCGAGCUGUUUAUCUCCGUGAUCUUGAAGAUGGACUAUUGAAGACUGAAUUGCAGCCCUCAUAUAUUGAUUCAGAAAGCUUUCAACUAUUUUUGGCAACGCGACCGCUAAAUGGAACCACAAACCACCAGUGGUAUAAUGCAAAGCAUCGCCGAAUGGCGAUAGAGUUAUUAUUUAGUCGCGAGCGUGUAGGCAUGCUACGACACGAUAUGCUGGUCAUAUUCCAAAUGUUAAACCAAGUCGAUGCCCAACUCUUGGAGAACGAAUACAUUAACUGGCUUUUGGAUACGCGGUUACUGUGUCGCAGCAGUAAUGAACCCUGUGAACAUGUGAAUGUACAGCUCAAAUCCUUCUUUGGUUAGAGAAAAAGACGACUAAUAAAAGUUUUUUUUUUUGUUUUCCUUCUUUCACUCGUACCAAAAUAUGCAAUUAUGUAUAUGCAAACUGACAG